AUGGCUCACGUCAAAGAAAAAUUAUCAUCAUUAUAUGAUGAUUCAUUUUGGGUAAAGGUAAAAGUAAAUGGAAAAAUUAUUUAUGGAUUAAUUGACACAGGUUGUACAAUUACAAGUAUUAGUAGUAACCAUCUUAAAGAUAUUGGAUAUAAUAAUAAAGAUAUCUAUGGUGAAAAAUCGUCUUCAAAUACCGCUGGAGGAAAUACUAUCGAAACAUUGGGUAAAAUCAAAGUCGAACCAAAAUUUGGAAACGAAAAAUACAAAAAGAAAAUGGAAUGGGACGUAAUGAAGCAAAAAUCUGAAAAUCCACAAUUAUUAAUUGGAUAUGAUUUUUUUAAAAAAAGUUCAAAUGAUGUACUCAAUAAAGAAUUAAGUAUGCUUAAAAAAAGAAUUGAAAAUAAACAAGGAGAACUGAUUAUAACAUUACAAAAUUACGGAGAAAAUGAUUCACAAAUUAAAAAAAGACAAUUUUUCUCACGCCGUCAAUACAACCUUCGAAAUCAAGAAGAAGAAAUAAGACAACAAAAAAUAGAUGAACUUGAUAUUGAAAAUCACAGGCUUCGACAACUAUUAAAUUCCUCUUUGUCUCAAGUGGAUAGCUUAUCUAAUGAAAUUCAUCAUUUAUCUUCUCAUUUAUCUCGUAAUAGACGUCGAUAUCGAGACCUUGAAGUAGAAUACGAAAGCCUUCUUUUCCAAUAUAACUGUGCAAGAGCUGAUGUUAAUCGCCUCCAAAGUUAUGAAGAUGUCCAAUCAGUUCAAAAUCUCCAGAAUAAUUUAGAUCAAAUCCAAAGAAACUUUAGAAGAAUAUUGGAGCAACUUCAUCAGAGAAAGAGAGAUGUCGUUUGCAUUUUGCCUGUCAUAGAACUACGCUUUGUCGUUGCCUUUUUGGCCGUUCUAUAG